ACAACCUCUUGGAAAAGCUAGGGGCCUUAAUAUUAUUCAUUUACUCUUGAAAGAGGAAAAAAAAUUCUCCCUUUUCUCUCAUACUUCUUCCAAACAAUCCACCCAAAAACCCCACUAUCAUCUCCAUUUUCUUCAGAAUUACGCAACACAGAAUCCUCUCAUCAGAUUCUCAUUUCAACGCCCUUCAAUUUGAUCUUUUUCCUGUUGUUUUUGGCUUCAAAUCCAGUAAUUCUCCUCGUUUAUUGACCGAUGCUGAUGAGUUUUCAGGAAUCCUGGUCUCUGGGCUAUGUUUUGAGACCUGAAGUUUGCUGAUCAGUACGUAACCCAAGCAGUCAGAUCGUCUCUUCUGCAUAAUUUGGGCACUGCAAAACUUUGGCAGUGCCCAUGGAUGCCACAAGGAGCGGGACGCCCACUGUUCAAUACCAUAACAUACCUGACCAACCGAUUGCUGCUAUUGUCACCUCCCCAUUACCAACAUUUCAAAGACAACAACGACACUGCUUUGGGGACUCAAGCCCUGGAGAAUUUCCAUUGGCUGCCAACCCCUCCAUUGUUCUCCAUGUCCUCACGGCAUGUAACUUGGAACCUCAGGAUCUUGCAAAGCUCGAGGCAACAUGUUCCUUCUUCAGGCAGCCUGCACACUUUGCCCCUGAUUUUGAACUGUCCAUAUCGGAGCUUGCUGCUCUGGAUAUGUGCCUAAAGAGGGCCAUAUUUAGGCCAAUGACGCUAGAAGAACGUGAAGUUCUAAAGCAAAGGUGCGGAGGCUCAUGGAAACUCGUUCUGAGGUUUUUGCUGGCUGGAGAAGCAUGUUGCAGGAGGGAGAAGUCACAGGCAAUAGCAGGACCAGGUCACAGCAUUGCUGUGACAGUGAAAGGAGCUGUUUACUCAUUUGGCUCUAACAGCUCUGGACAGCUUGGACAUGGCACCACAGAUGAGGAAUGGAGGCCUCGCCAAAUAAGAUCUUUGGAAGGCAUUCGCAUUAUCCAAGCAGCUGCAGGGGCUGGCAGGACAAUGCUGAUCAGUGAUGCUGGCCAGGUUUAUGCCUUUGGAAAGGACUCCUUUGGGGAAGCCGAAUAUGGGGUCCAAGGAACUAAACUAGUAACAACUCCACAAUUGGUUGAGUCUUUGAAAAACAUAUUUGUGGUACAAGCUGCAAUUGGUAAUUUCUUCACAGCUGUGCUGUCAAGAGAAGGCAGGGUGUAUACAUUUUCUUGGGGUAAUGAUGCCAAACUUGGGCACCAAACGGAAGCAAAUGAUUUGGAACCUCAUCCUUUGUUGGGGGCACUAGAAAAUAUACCAGUGGUGCAAAUUGCAGCUGGAUACUGCUAUCUUCUUGCUCUAGCUUGUCAGCCUAAUGGCAUGUCGGUAUACUCUGUUGGCUGUGGCUUGGGUGGGAAGCUUGGACAUGGCACAAGAACUGAUGAGAAGCACCCUCGACUGAUUGAACAAUUUCGGAUUCUGAACCUUCAGCCCAUGGUGGUUGCAGCUGGUGCUUGGCAUGCUGCUGUGGUUGGGCGGGACGGUCGGGUCUGCACAUGGGGUUGGGGGCGUUAUGGGUGCUUAGGUCAUGGGAAUGAGGAGUGUGAAUCAGUUCCAAAGGUGGUGGAAGCUUUGAUUAAUGUCAAAGCUGUUCAUGUUGCUACAGGGGAUUACACAACCUUUGUGGUGUCUGAUGAUGGUGAUGUCUACUCAUUUGGGUGUGGAGAAUCAUCCAGUCUUGGGCAUAAUAAUGGGCCUGAUGGACAGGGAAAUAGGCAUGCUAACAUCUUAAGCCCAGAAUUAGUAACAUCACUGAAGCAGAUUAAGGAGCGGAUGGUACAGAUCAGCCUCACCAAUUCCAUAUACUGGAAUGCCCACACUUUUGCGCUCACUGAAACAGGGAAGCUGUAUGCAUUUGGUGCAGGAGACAAAGGGCAGUUGGGUGUAGAGCUCGUUGCCAACCAAACUGAGAGGGGAAAUCCAGAGCGGGUUGAUAUUGAUCUCAGCUAGGGAUAUUGCCUCACCCUCGUAUCAUCUACACCAAUGCCAUUCCUAAUUUAUCAUCACCACCAUCCACGAUCAUGCUUUGCAUUUACUGUUUAUAUUUCCUUGUCUAUUCUGUACAUAGAAACAAAAAAGGAUUGUGAAGGAUCAAGCUAGGUAGCAGGGGGGCCAAGCAAAUGCAUUAUUGUUGACUUUUAAAGUUAAAAAAGAAAAGGUUAGUGCUUAGGCCUCAAGCAGUGAAUAGCUGAUACAUUUGUCCAGGUUCAUUUUAUAACUUAUUUAUGUUAAAUGAAUUCAUAAGUUAUCUGGUUAGCCCCAA